AUGAACUUGCUCUGCAGGAGGGUCUCCUCGGUCUGGCUCGUUCUGUGUCUUAUAGUUCGUACAUGCAGGAGCACAACUGUACUUGGCUUUGAGGGUCAGAGUGUUACUCUCCCAUGCAAGUAUGACCGGCGUUAUUAUGGGAAAUGUGAGACAUGUUGGAUGAAAGGAGAUAUACCCUCUAUGGGCUGUGGUGCUGAAAUUAUUGCUACUGAUGGAGACAAAGUAGUACGCCAAACGUCUUCCAGAUACCAGUUAAAUGGAAGACUACAGAAGGGAGAUGUGUCUUUGAUAAUCAUCAGUGCAAGACAAAAUGACUCAGGAAAAUAUGGCUGCAGAGUGUGUGUGCCUGGAUGGUUCAAUGACGACAAAUACACUGUUCACUUAAUUAUCAUGAGAGAACCUGUAACAACAGCAGAAGACAAAUCAAGCACCCCUGUGACCAUAACAACAGAUGUUUGGGACUAUGGGACAUCCUAUGGUACAAACUCUGCAAACACAGCAAAGCACAAUAACACAUCUGCUCCAGAGUCUGAAAACAAUAUGAAAGAAACGACAGAUGAUAAACUUCCUGUGACUGUCAUGUCAGUUCUGCUAAUU